ACAGAGGUUUGACUCCACUUUUUAUCUUCAUUUCUUUUGUAAAGUGUUGUUUUUAUAUUGUCUUUUGUUGUGUGUUUGUUUGUUAUUGUCUCAUGAUGAUAUGAAGUCUAUGGCUGUUGAAGCUAUUCUUCUUCUGCAAGAGAGGAUAAAUGAUGAUGAUGAGGAGACUGUUAAGAUGCAACUUCUUGUUCCUUCCAGGGUUAUUGGAUGCGUUAUAGGUAGAAGCGGCUCUGUCAUAACCCAAAUCAGGAAAAGAACCAAUGCUAGUAUCUGUAUCUCGAAAGGGAAUAACGAUGAUCUUGUUGAGAUUUUGAUCAGAGGCGAGAGACAGGGGAAAGCAGCUUGGGAAUGGUUUCUUCAGACAGAUUCUAUGGUUAUGAAAGUAGUUUCCCGGCAAGAGGUCAUGGUUUGGUAUCAGUCAGUCCAUACUCAUAUGGAGGGUAAGUUUUGCAAACUACAACAAAGAACUUGGCGUCUUCUUUAUCACUUUGUUUCAAAUGGUUUAAAACUUUUUUUCUCGUGUAUUAGUUUUUGUUUGUCUUCUCAAAUACUUGUAAAAAUCUAA